AUGUCUGACGCAGGCGCGGCCGACGCCGUGGUCAAUCCUGCCGAUGCCCGCAAGGAGCAGAUGGCACAGGACCUUGCCAAAGCCAAAGAGGCUGGCUGGACUGAUCCAGUGCCCUUCGAGUACGAGAACCCUGCCACUGGUGCUCCUGUUGAGGACGAGACCCGCGACAACGUCGCGUGGCUCUCUGAUGCAGCCAUCUACCAGUGGGACGACGACUUUGGCGAUGUUGGCGAUCCCAACCCAGAGUUGGAAAAGAUGCUCUUCAAUGAUGAGUUCCAUCAGCGCGCUGGUCAAGCCAUCAAGGCGCUUUCCUUCGAGGUCACUGUUGAAGGCCCCCACAAGCUCAACCCUGUGCGCAACUUUGAGGACGCUGGUCUGCAUCCCGUUAUGCUUGAAAACGUCAAGCUGUGCCAGUAUGCGUACCCGACACCUAUCCAGGCGUACUGUAUCCCUGCUGUCCUGACUGGAAAUGACGUUGUCGCUAUCGCACAGACUGGUUCCGGAAAGACUGCAGCUUUCCUUGUCCCUAUCCUGUCCAAGCUCAUGGGCAAGGCCCGCCAACUGGCUGCGCCUCGUCCGAACCCGAUUCACUACAACCCUCUGACUGACAAGGUCCGCGCUGAGCCGCUGGUCUUGGUCAUCUGCCCUACGCGAGAGCUUGCCUGCCAGACGUUCGACGAGGCCCGUCGUUUGUGCUACCGCACCAUGAUGCGUCCUUGUGUCGUCUACGGUGGAGCUCCUUCAAAGAAUCAGCGUGAGCAGCUGGAGUUGGGUUGUGAUAUCCUCAUCGCCACCCCAGGUCGACUCAUGGAUUUCGCCCAGAACGCGAACCUGCUCUCGUUCCGUCGUCUCAAAUUCACCGUCAUCGAUGAGGCUGAUGAGCUGCUCUCCUCCGACUGGGAAGACGUCAUGGAGAAGAUUUUCCAGGGCGGUGACACCAACACUGAUGCUGAUCACACCUACCUCAUGUUCUCCGCCACUUUCCCCAAGGCGGCUCGUCGUGUUGCCAAGGAGUACAUGGCUGAUGACUUCUUUCGCAUCAAGGUCGGCCGAGUCGGCAGCACCCAUGAGAACAUCAAGCAGCAAAUCAUCUGGGCAGAGGAGAAUGCAAAGAACCAAGCGCUUUUCGACCUGAUCUUUUCCGAAGGUCCUCAGCGUACACUGGUCUUCACCAACUCCAAGGCCAAGUGUGACAUGGUCGAUGAUUUCCUCUACAACAAGGGUCUGCCUGUUACUUCGAUUCACUCGGAUCGUACCCAGCGUGAGCGUGAGGAUGCCCUGCGCUCCUUCCGCACUGCUCGGUGUCCCAUCUUGGUCGCUACUGGCGUCACUGCUCGUGGCCUGGAUGUAGCCAACAUCAAGCACGUCAUCAACUACGAUCUGCCUUCGACUAUGCAUGAAGGCAUCACCGAAUACAUUCAUCGCAUUGGCCGUACCGCUCGUAUUGGUAACGAGGGCAAGGCUACUUCCUUCUUCAACGACCGUAACGACGAUAUCGGCGAGGAUCUCACCAAGAUCCUGUUGGAGUCCAAGCAAGAUGUCCCGGAGUUCCUCCAGCAGCACAUUCCUGAAGACCCGACUGCGAUCGACUGGCACGACGGCACUGACGACGAGUCCGACGAUGGUCUCGGUGGAGGUUUCGGCGGAGGUUUCGGCGGCGAGGCUGGUGAGACUGGUGAGACUGGCGAGACUGGCGAGACUGUCGCUGACACCGGCUUUGGUGGUGGUGACGCUGGAGGCUUCAACGGCGGUGAGGACAGCGGUGGCUUCGGCGGUGGUGGCUUCGGAGACGGAGGCUUCGCUGCUGACUCCACUGACAAGACGGCUUCCUGGUAA